GGGGGCAGCCUCUGUUAUCAUUAGACCUGAGUGGGGGUGACCAUAUAAUUCAGCUGAGAUUUGAACCAGCAGACUCCACUACAACGACACUUCCUCUUCAUCAGAGCAAAGUACAAAGUACACUAAAGGGAACGAGAAAAGACCAAGGUUUUCUGUUCUGCAUUGUUAGUUUUGAAAGAACAUGUAUGAAGAAAUAAAAGUGACAGUGUGAAAAUACCAACAGAUGUUUAAGGAAGUAAGUGGCAAUUAACUAUACUCCAGAUUUCUGCAUGUCUUAGCAGAUUGAGCAAGCAUACAGCAUAUAGAGAAGACCCUGUGUGAAUAUAUGUGUGAUUGUAAAUCGUGUCCUCUAAGGGUUUAACCUCUAAGGGUUUGGGGAGUUGAACUGACAAUGGUGAGAAUUCGACUUUUUACAGUAAUGGCUGAGUGUGUGACUGAAAGUGAAAGUAACAUGCUGCAUUUUUUGGCUGUGUGUUAAAAGGAACCAUGGUCUGCAUUCAAAACUUCGCUUUUCUACAAAUGACCUUUUGGAUAUGACACCAGCUGCAAUUGUUGGCUUCAUAUCAAAGGAAAAUAUUUGAACCUAUCAGAGCAGAAGCUUAGGCCUCUUUGAAACAAACUAGUCCCUGAUAAUAUGACUGCAACUAUGACUUGAUAGUAUAUAUAUAUAAAAAAAUGCCUGUAACCAUUUCCUAAAUGUGUCCCUCGUUCACUGACUUGUUUAAGGGAGUGAAACUGACCAUUGUUAUUUCAGUUUCAGGCAUCUGGAAAUAUAUCCUCUGUGUGUGACUGAGGGUUUCUGUCGAUGACACCUCCGCCUCUCAGCCUGAUAAAUGCUCACCUGGUGUCGAGAUGAGUUCCACAGGCUCCGACGGGGUUGGGGGGAACUCCUCCGACUGUGAGCACGACCUGAAUGACUGGGAGCAUGCAAUGGAGCAGCUGUACACCUGGCUCUACCUGAUCAUCCUGGUUCCCGGGUUGUUAGGCAAUACCUUAGCCCUCUGGGUUCUGUGUCGCUUUAUAAGAAAAAAGACCAAGGCGGUGAUUUUCAUGAUCAACCUGGCGGUGGCCGACCUGCUGCACGUCCUCUCCCUGCCGCUGCGCAUCUACUACUACUUCACCCACAGCUGGCCGUUUGGGCACGCCAUGUGCCUCCUGUGCUUCUACCUGAAAUACCUGAACAUGUACGCAGGCAUCACCUUCCUGAUGUGCAUCAGCAUCCAGCGCUGCGCCUUCCUCAUGCACCCUUUCUGCGCCAAGGGCUGGAAGCGCCGCUACGAUGUCCGCAUCAGCACCGCCGUGUGGCUGGUGGUGGGACUGUGUUGCACGCCCUUCAUACUCAUGAGAAUUAGCAGCAGCGGCGGUAGUUCCACCCAAGAGAGUCCUGCGACUAAUGUCUCCUUCCACGCCGACCUGCCCAACACCUCCAGCUGCUUCAAAGACCUGCCCAUGCGUAAGCUGGAGCUGCAUCAGGCUGUGCCCAUGAUUGCAUUCGCUGAGCUUUUUGGCUUCGUGCUGCCUCUGACGGUGAUCCUGGUGUGCUCGUGCCUGAUCCGCCGCUCACUGCGCAAGGCCGAUCAAGAGCGCAGCAGGGACACCACCCGCCGAGCCCUGCGCAUGGUGCUGGUGUGCACGGGCGUAUUCCUGGUCUGCUUCGCCCCGUACCACAUCAACUUCGUGCUCUACAUGAUGGUGUCGCAGCAGCUGGUCACAAAUUGCGACGUGGUGCUGGCCGUGCGCCGCUUCCAUCCGGUCUCGCUGUGCAUCGCCAGCCUCAACUGCUGCCUCAACCCUCUCAUCUACUACUUCCUGACAACCGAGUUCCGCGACCAUCUGGUGCGCACCGGUAGUUCCGUGCUUAGGGGACGCCUGAUGAGCAUGGAGAGCACCUCCUCGGCAAAGGAGUAACUUUCAGUUUCCAGAGGUUAAUAAAAUGUGUGUGUGUGUGUGUAUCUCCGUCCUAAAGGGCUGACUGAUGAGCCUGGAAAUCAUAUCCUCUGGAAGGGAGUAACUCUGACCCCUAUACCUCCCUGUUACAAGGGAAUCAUUUCAAUUCAAUUCAAUUCAAUUCAGUUCAGUUCGAUUCACUUUUACUCAUUUAUAAAGCUCCAUUGACAACAGACGUUGCCUCAAAGCCUGCGCCCCCUAGAGCAGGCCCAAGGGGACGGUGGCGAGGGAGAACUCCCUGUGUGGAGCCACUUCUAGUGGGGGACUGGGCAGUCUGGGGCUCCUCACUUAGCAGAGUGACUGGCAUUAACUAGGGGGUCAUUUUUUCAGCUAGCUAGACAAGACCAUAUUUUUCCAUAUGGUUGUGUGGGGGGAUUGCAUAUACUGCAUAUGUGUUGAUGGAUUGGGUGGUACUUUCUCAUAUAGAGUAUAGCUGGACUAUAAUAUGGUACCCCUUGGUUAAAG